GAUGCAUUAGCCACUUCCAAUGGCGCUGGUACGGGCUAUCGACUGGGUCACACCAUGCUGCGUAUCACAGACCCGGAGCAAUCUCUGAAAUUUUAUUCCGAACUUCUGGGCAUGUCUCUCUUCUUUCAGUGGAAUACUGGUCCCAUGACUGUGUAUUAUCUUGGUUACGCAACGCCUGAAGACAAAACUCCAUCGGACAUUUUUGGCUCCAUGAGUUCAAGAUCAGGCUUGCUGGAGCUGGUUCACGUCCAUGGCAACCAGGAAAAGUCAAGCGAAGGUGCCUCGUCUUCUCCUGUCUAUGAUCCAGCAGUGAGGUCCGUAAAGGCGUCAGGCUUCGGUCAUCUUGGAUUCCUAGUCCCCAGCCCGAGGAGUGCUCUGGAGCGAGCACAGAAACUGGGGUACGUCGUACUGAAA